UGAAUGUGUAGACUUAACGAGUUGUUAGACUAUCUCGGGCUACAGUAUACACGCAACUUCACCUGCUCAAUAGCAGGUUUGCCCUCAUCAGCUCCUAGGAAACUCUAAAAAAUUGCAUCCUCUUUGUAACAGCAGGACUAUCCUUAUAUUGCAGACAUGGGAGUAUCUUGUCAUGGUGGGAAAGGGCGCAGUCGAUACUGAAAUAAAGUGCAUAAAGAUUAUGACUCUUUACUUUCAGCCUGAUAUACUUCAUUGCAGCCCAUGAAGAUAUUCCCUCGGCCUACAGCGGCCUUGAUCUCCUUCCCCGCACUCUCCAAGUCCGUCUCCAACGGCAUCAUACCUCCACUGAACAUACAAAACACUCAGAGGAGUAACCAGCUACUAUCCUCUACACAAUUCCCGAUAACAUGCAGGCUCGCGAGACCAAGCCCUCUCAAGGCAACCCAACAGCGCCCAGCGCCAGUCUCUUUCGACUCGAUGGGCGCAGCAUCAUCAUCACCGGGGGCAUCGGUUUCCUCGGUCUCACCGUCGCCCAAUCCGUCCUCGAAAGCGGCGGCGACGCAUACUGCCUGGACUACCUAGAUAGCCCGCGACCAGAGAUAUGGAGUCCCCUCGAAGGAACCGCAAACAAAUACUCCGGCAUCGUCAAAUACCACAAAUGCGACGUCACAACCCCCGACGACGUUACACAAGCCAUCUCAGCCGUAGCCUCAACAGCCCGGCAUCCCAUCCGCGGCCUGGUCGCCUGCGCCGGCGUCUCAGACAAAGACCCCGCGACCGAAUUCUCAGUCGACCGAUUCCGGCGCCUCAUGGACGUCAACGUCACAGGGACGUUUUUAUGCGCGCAGGCCGUCGCGCGCGAGAUGCGCAGCGCCAACGUCAGCGGGAGCAUGGUUCUCGUUGCCAGUAUGAGCGGGACGAAUGUGAACAAGGGCGUUGAUACAGCUGCGUAUAACACGUCCAAGUCUGGGGUUCUGCAGCUGGCGCGAUCUCUCGCUGCGGAGUGGGGAUCGAGGCCUGGGAUGCCGCUUAUUAGGGUGAAUACGUUGUCUCCGGGGUAUAUCCGGACGGCGGCGACGGAGGAUACGUUGAAGAUUCCUGGGAUUGAGGAGCUUUGGAGUGGGGAUAAUAUGUUGAAUCGCUUGAGUACGGUUGAUGAGUUUAGGGCGCCUGUGCUGUUUUUGCUGGGGGAUGGGAGUAGUUUUAUGACGGCGUCGGAUUUGCGUGUUGAUGGAGGGCAUUGUGCUUGGUGAUCAUCCAUUGAUAAGGAACUUUCGAGCUCUACUACACACAUAGGGUGACCUACCCAUCCCAUUCAAUAUAUUUUACUAUAUAACAGUAUAAAUAGCUACUCCGUUAUGGCUGAUUUUGCGAUAACGCCAAGGCCAGUCGCUCGUGUGACGGUAUUGAACAGCUUCAAAUAUUACCGAGU